AUGAGAAUGCAAAGUCAAAGCUCAGUUGAACUUAUAUCGCGAAUCGAUGUCAACGAAGUCGAGGUUAUACGCCUUUUGGGGUCAGGUGGGUUCGGCUCUGUCUUCGAAGCUAUGCACAAGAACUGCAAAGUUGCUAUGAAGAAGUUUCACACAAACACUCGUAACAAGAAAGCGGCAAUGCAGAGCUUUGAGGCUGAGAUGCAUCACGAAGUCUUGUCCUUGAAACAUCCAAACAUAGUGAAAGUUUUGGGGACCAACGCAGCGAGCAGCCUUGAAGAACAGCCGUUUAUCAUCAUGGAGUUCGUCAGUUCAAGAAACUUGCAACAUGUGCUGGACGAUCCGGACGAAAAGGUCGAUUUCAAACGGCGCGUUACAUUUGCAUACGAGGUGGCGUUUGCCCUGGAAUAUGUGCAUGACAAUAACAUCGCACAUCUCGACCUGAAACCUGCCAACGUUCUCAUAGCGCCGGAUGGUAGCUGUAAACUGGCCGAUUUUGGCUGCUGUCAGAUCAUCCAAGAGCGGCCCAAUACACCAUCACGAUCAUAUCUCACCGGAACUUUUGCUUACCGGGCCCCCGAACUCCUGAAGGGAGAAAGUCCCACCUUCAAAGCUGACGUCUUUUCCCUCGGAAUCUGCUUGUGGCAGUUUUGGACGCGUGAAAUCCCAUACAAGCUUCAGAAUCAUCAGAUUGUGAUUUUCCGAGUUGUUGCCUGUAAUUUGCGUCCGGAGAUCCCCGAGGGAAAUGACGUAGACAACCGGUACAGGGAGCUGAUGACGUCUUCAUGGAAUGGCAAUCCUGUGGACAGGCCUUCAAUGACCGAGGUGGUAAACUCGCUCAGGUGUUUGAUUACUUGA